AACGUGUUCCUUGAUACUCACGCUGUUGAUAUUGUAGUUCAAGAGGAUAAGCACUGAACGGAGUGGUAUAAGGGGCGUGUGCUCGCGCGUUGCACCUCCCCAGGCCCCUCACAGAGCCUGCCCGUGGAGCUCCUUUGUCCUCCAUUACACUCCUUAUUUGAUACCAGGAUGGACUACGACGCCUUCGACGCACUUCUGCAUCAUAUCUUCAGGCAGACCCAAGGGGACGCUUGGUUCAAGCCCUCCGAGGAGAAUAUCCAUGUAGGUGUCUGUCUGCGAGUGGACACAAACAGGUUUCGCGUGUUCCCGUACGAGAACCGCUACCUCGAGCCUUUUGAGGCUGCGGUCCGCGCCCUCAACCCCGUCGUCGCUGUCAAGACCCGUAGCGCCGCCAUCCACGCCGCCCUCGCCAGUGUCAAGGACGAUUCGGAUGCCAUCUACCUGGAUGGAGACACCCGCAUCCAGGUCCUGGACAACAUGACAUGGCUGCCGCGGGCAGACAAGGAACAGUGCGGCGCGUUCAUCCGUGACGAGCGCGUGCUCGUCAUCUGGUCCUACAAUCUCGACGACAUCAUCCCAACAUGCCGCGACUUCGAGGACAAGCUGAUCAAGCUCGUCUGGAGUCAGCGCAUGUCGAUGUUCGGCUCGCUCGGUUCGGAGAUCGACACGUCGCCCGUUAGCUCGGAGCAGAACCUGAAGGCGAUCGUCGACGAGAAGGAGAUCGAGACUCUCGCGAAGGAGAAGGAGCAGAGCGGCAAGGACAGCCGCACGACGGCCAAACACACGUUCGGCGGCAUCUUCAGCUACUUCGUCUCAAAUAAGCAAGAUGUCGAAAAGAGCGCGGAGGGCCCGUCGAGUCGUCCAAUGCGGAUGUUUGCUCCGGUGUAUGGUGGAUUUGCUGUCGCCCUUGCCCUUUUCUUCAUUGGCAGCGGUAUCAGUGUUCUUAUCGUUGAGAGCACCCUCGAUGAAAAUUUCACUCGUUUUGCGCUGCUUGUCACCUCCCCAUUCCUGUUUUGUGUCUCCUUGUUCUUUUGUACACAGAUUGUUGGCAAUCUGUCGAUGAUUAUCGGUCCCGUGGCCCAGUACCAUCAGAACUCGAAAUAUUACUCCGCCGUCCCACCUGCACCGAUCAAGGAAAUUGAUGCCAAUCUUCCCCACGUGUCAAUUGAAAUGCCCGUGUACAAGGAGAGCCUGAAGGAGACCAUCGCCCCGUCCGUCUAUUCCCUGAAGAAAGCCAUGCAGUCGUACGCCCGCCAGGGUGGGACGUCCUCCAUCUUCGUCCACGACGACGGCAUGCAGCUUAUAUCUGAGGAGGAUCGUUCGGAGCGCAUUGCGUUCUACACUGACAACAAUAUCGGCUGGGUCGCACGUCCGCCACACAGCGGUGAGCCGGAUGGCUUUAAGCGCGCGGGCCGUUUCAAGAAGGCGUCGAACAUGAACUUCGGCCUCGCGCUGUCGCUCAAGCUCGAGAAGCACAUGGCUGCGCUCAUUGCCGAGGCUGCGUCGCACGGUGAGGAGGUCGACGAGGAUGACGACAUCGAGGAGCGCGCACUGCAGAUGGCCAUCGAGGAGACGUACAACGACAGCGGGCGGCGGUGGCGGCCGUGGGCGAGCAACGGGAAGAGCAUCCGCCUCGGUGAGAUCAUCCUCAUCGUCGACUCGGACACGCUCGUGCCCGAUGACUGCUUCCGCGACGCGGCGCGCGAGCUCGCCGAGUGUCCCGAGGUCGCGAUCAUCCAGCACGAGUCGGACGUCAUGCAGGUCGCGCACCACUACUUCGAGAACGGCAUCGCGCACUUCACGCGUCGCAUCAACAGGUGCAUCUCCCUCGGCACCGCCAAUGGCGAGGUCGCGCCGUUCGUCGGGCACAACGCGUUCCUGCGCUGGUCGGCGCUCCAGGACGCGGCGUUCGUCGAUCCGGCAGAUGGUGUCAAGAAGAUUUGGUCCGAGACAAACGUGUCCGAGGACUUUGACAUGGCGCUCCGUCUGCAGCUUAAAGGCUACAUCAUCCGCUGGGCGACAUACUCUGAAGGCGGCUUCAAGGAGGGCGUCUCGCUGACUUGCGACGACGAGCUCAAUCGCUGGCAGAAAUACGCGUACGGUUGUAACGAGCUCAUCUUCCACCCGAUGAUCCAUUGGUGGCGCAAGGGCCCCAUCACCAAGCAACUUCGCAUCUUCUUGUGGUCCUCUGCUCCGGUUCACUACAAGAUCAGCAUGAUGGCCUACAUGUUCUCCUACUACGGUCUUGCCGCUGCGGCCGUCCUCUCGGUGAUGAACUACUUUCUCCUUGGCUGGGGCGUCGAGGUCGACGGCUACUACCUGCACAGUUUCGAGAUCUGGCUUGCUUGCACGGUCGUGUUCCCCAUCGCUGGUAACGUCGGCUUCACACUGCUCGAGUACCGCCUCGGCCAGCGCAACCUCCUCGACUCGCUCAUCGAGAACGUCACCUGGGUUCCUUUCUUCUUCUUCUUCUUCGGCGGCCUGAGCAUUCACCUCUCCCAAGCGCUGCUCGCCCACAUGUUCUCGUAUAAUAUCAACUGGGGUGCGACAAAGAAGGAGGUAGAGCGCUCCAACUUCUGGCUGGAGGUGCCCAAGAUCUUGAAGCGCUUUUGGAUCGCCUUCGUGAUCUGCUUUUCCCUAUGCGCUGCCAUGGUCGUCCUCUCUACAAACAUCAUUCCCGCGGCCUGGCAAGUGUUCGGCUUCGACUGGGCCGUUAUCCUCCCGCUUGCGAUCACGGCCGGCUGUCACAUCUUAUUCCCGAUCGUGCUGAACCCCUGGUUCAUGAUUUUCUCGUACUAGAACGAACACUGUCACUAUCCAUCCUCUCGGACUUGCUUUGGGAGAACACUUCCCCACCUCCCGUACACUAAUCGCCCCCUCAGGCUACCCGUAUGUACGCUAUGCUUACCUCCCUAAGUCAUUCUUUUGGGCUGCUUGCAAUACACUGGCGAGCGUUGAUAGUACCUCCCCCUUCUUCUUGGGCCCGUGAGCGUAUUGGACACUAGAACUUACAUGUCGUAAACAAACUUGUAGAACUGCCGUAUAUAGAAUUCACUCGCCACCUUGGAUGUUUGUCGUACACUGCGGCAGUAAAUG